UGUUAGUAAUGGAUAAAACGUACACAGCUUUGGCAAACAGGGCCCUUCAAUUGCUUGAAACGUCUGGUACGUACAGGGUGUUGGUUUUCUUGGUGGGUACGCCCGGCUCUGGAAAGUCCUCAGUGGCUCACGAAGUGGCAAGCAGAAUCAACGUUAUGCACCGGGAAAAUGGGUUUCGGGAGCCUCCAGGAAAAGCCACGUCUCCACGGGAUUUAGUCACCAAUAGUCUUGUAUCGGGAAUUCCCAUGUUCGAUCCAGCCUCAGUGAUUGACCCGGAGAAUGAAGCAUUACAGCCCCAUAAGGUGGUCGAUUUGCCAACCCAGACGACCACCAUCAGGGCUAGGGGUCUUGAAGCUACUGCAAUCGAUGUGGUGUCCACCCCCGUAAGUGAUACGGAGGUUUCUUUCGUGCAAGUAGCCCCAAUGGAUGGGUUUCAUUUACCACGCAAUGUUCUAGAUCAGUUUUCUGACCUGGCCUCGGCGCAUUUCCGCCGAGGAUCUGAAUGGACGUUUGACUCCACCCUAGUGGUGACGCUUGUGGAUCUACUCCAGGCCUGUUGUGUUGACCUUGGUCUGGAUAGUAAACCUGGGUUAUUCCAGACGUUGCUGGGAGCGGAAACGGGCAUUCCGCUGCUUGCGAUCCCCACCUUUGACCAUGAAUUGAAAGACCCCACUCCGCGCGGUACGGUGAUUCAGCCAGAAACAAGAAUUGUCAUUGUAGAAGGCUUGUAUUUGCUGUUGAAAAUAAAGGCGUGGUCAACGAUCCACAGGCAUCUAUCUGGAAAAAGGAGUCAUGAAACCUGGAAGAUAGAUGUGUCAGAGGAGGCCUGUCGUGAAAGAGUUGCCAAGCGACACUUACGCAGUGGCUUGGUGGAGACCUAUGAAAAGGGAGUGGAAAGGUACGACUUGAAUGACGUUUUGAAUGGGAGGCAGGUGGAACUGGAGAGUUGGGAAGCGGAUGUACACAUCGAUAGUGUCGAUGGAGUGGUGUAACAGGGAAAGUACCAGGCUUUGUAUUCUUGGGAAUUUGGUAUAGACAACCUCGGUAAGGGAAACAAAUAUGAUGAUGACUUGUAUUACAAGGGGCAAUUUUUAGUUAGUUUCAAUGGCUUGUCUAAAGCCGUAAUUUAACCGAAAUUUG